AUGGAAAAGACAAUAGAAUCCAUAUUGAGCCAUCGCAGUGUUAGAGUUCGUGACGAGAACGUUGUUAAGAAGAAACUCGAUGCCAUUCUGAAGGGAGGAAAUGAUCAGUUAGGAGUCAUAUCGGACUUUGACUUUACUUUGACACGUUCUAUCGACCACGACGGUGUGCCAUGCUUUAGCAGUCACAACGUCCUGAAUCAGCUUCUGUAUACGCUACAUCCCGAACUCACGGAAGAGAUUCAUGCUACGAAUUCAAAAUAUUUAGCUAUAGAAUAUGAUCCAGGGCUAACAAAAGAGGAAAAGUUGCCGUAUAUGAUAGAAUGGUGGACGAAAGCUCACGAGAAAUAUAUCGCUUUUCGAAUCCAUCGCGAAGAGAUUGAACAAUUUGUCGUGAAUGCUAAAAUUGAAUUAAGAGACGGAGCUGAUGCUCUUGUCAGGCAUCUUGCUAGUUCUUCCAUUCCUCUACUUCUGUUUUCGGCCGGCGUAGGCAAUGUCAUCGACAUCUUUCUUCGAGACCAACUGGGCUAUAUUCCGGACAACAUUCAUAUCAUAUCGAAUAUGCUGAUAUUUAAUGACGAGGGCGUUGUCUGUGCCUGUUCAGAACCGUUGAUUCACGUUUUUUGCAAGGAUGCCUCAGUCAUUCCCAAGAACGCUCCCUUCUACGAUGAUAUCGCACACCGUGGUAACAUAAUACUGCUCGGAGACAGUCUUGGUGAUUUACACAUGGAUGUCGGAGUCGCUCAUAGCGGAACUGUGCUUAAGAUUGGUUUCCUGAAUAGCAGGGUUGACGAGCUCUUGGACUCUUACCUAGAGGGAUUCGAUAUAGUGCUUGUCGAAGAUCAAACUAUGGAUGUUCCGGAUCUCAUUUUACAAGCUUUACUCAAAAAUUCAAAAAACUCGAAUGAAUAG